AUGUCGACCCUUAGAAUCCUCGUCCCCGUUAAACGGGUAAUCGACUACGCCGUAAAACCCCGUGUGAACAAAGCACAAACAGCCGUCGAAAUCGCCGGUGUAAAACACUCGAUGAACCCCUUCGACGAACUCAGCGUCGAAGAAUCCGUCCGUCUACGAGAGAAACACACAAAUAAGACUGUGGAAGAUAUCCUAGCGAUAUCAAUUGGUCCACCAAAGGCUGCGGAUACUUUGAGAACUGCUAUGGCUAUGGGUUGUGAUCGAAGUAUUCACGUCGAAGUCCCCGAGAAGGAUGAGAUGCUAGAACCUCUACAGGUUGCUAAGGUCCUGAAGGAGGUUGUGGAGAAGGAAGGGAGGAAUUUGGUCAUCUUGGGGAAACAGAGUAUUGAUGACGAUUCUUCGCAGACCGGUCAGAUGUUGGCUGGGUUAUUGGGGUGGGGACAGGCUUGUGGUGCUAGUGAGGUUGUGCUUGAUGGGGAGUAUCUGAAGGUUACGAAGGAAGUUGAUGGAGGCACUGAAGUUGUGAGGGGCAAGUUACCAAUGGUGGUUACGACCGAUUUGAGACUUAAUGAACCUCGGUACGCCAGUUUGCCGAAUAUUAUGAAGGCGAAGAAGAAGAAGCUAGAGAAGAAGAAGUUGGAGGAUUUUGAGUUCAGGGCAGUCAAUAGGUUGAAGAACCUGAAGGUUUCUGAACCACCACCGAGGCAGGGAGGUGGGAAGGUCGAAGAUGUGGAUGGGCUAAUUUCCAAGUUGAAGGAGCUUGGUGCCUUGUAA